AUGGCUACUCCAGACGAAGAAAAUCCUCAAACCAUUGGGAAUAUCUUCUUGCAAGAAUCUGGACGAUCGAACACUUCAACUGCAGGGCAAGCGGACAAUGACAACUGCGUUAUUUGUCUCCAGAGCAUUAUAGACAGGACGAUACUGCCUCAGUGCUCUCAUGAUUGCCAUUGCUUUGCCUGCAUUCUCGAAUGGAUAAAGCACUCGAACAAGUGCCCACUCUGUGUCGCAGACAUCGGACCAUAUAUCAUACAUAAUGUGAGGAGUAAACACGACUACAAAAGGCACUUCAUAUCGCCCACUCUUUCUCCUAGAAACUCUGACCGUGCAUACUUGGUUGCGUCCAAUGUCACUCGAGAGCGAAGAGCAAGUAUGGCUGCCUUUCAGCGAAGCCAACACCGGAGAAGGGAAGAAGCGCGCCGAAAGCAAGAGGAAGAUGCUGCCUUGGCGAUGCGCCGAUAUGUUUACCAGAACGUCUUAUAUGCCAAGCACGUUGCGUCUAACAGAUAUACACGAUAUACGCCGCAUCCAUCUCCAGCACAGGUAUCCGCAUCUGCAGAGUUGCAGAGCCGAGCUACCGCGUUCCUUCGACGGGAACUACGCGUCUGGUCUAACCUUGACGUAGAGUUUUUGACGAGCUAUAUCGUGAUGAUGAUCAAAACACUCGACUUGAGAUCGGAAGGUGGUAUCAAGAUCCUCUCAGAAUUACUGGAUCCGAAUAUUCCGUACACAGAGGAGGGGAGGCAUCCAAACACAGAACAUCUAGCUCAUGAGCUGUAUAGUUUCCUUCGCUCCCCGUACAAAUCUGUCGAGAUGUACGACAAACAUGUCCAGUAUGAGACGGUCGUCGGGCGGCCAUCAAGACCUCUGGAAACAACAUCCCAAAGUCUUGAAACUAGAGGGAGUCAAUCCUCACCUCGUCUGGCAGAGAAUAGCAUUAAACAACGUCCUUCACGAUGGGACCAAAAACAUCCAACGGCGAAGCGACCACCUCCAACCAUCGAAUUGCCAGAAACCCGUAUUGAUCAGCAAAGCGAAGAGCAAGCGCAGUUUGAAAUGGGACGUGGCAACCUCAGAAGGGAUGAAAUGUCUGUACCGGCCUCUCAGCCGUCCGAAGAGCUGCGUCACGAGCCAUCUGAAACUCAAGGUCCAACCACACAGAUCAGUAUGGCAAAGAAACAGCACUUUUUAUCACGCCUUCAGGAAGAGAAGUCGCUAAUUGUCUCAAACCAAAUGGACGGGGAAGAGGGCUCGCCAGAUACUGCAGGUGCUGCACGGUCCUCUGGUAUUCAGAUACGUGGUGCGGCGGCGAAAGCCAGAGAAGGUGCACUGCAAAAGCUCGAGGAACGGCUCCGGUCACAAGCUCUUUUGCGGGUUCGUCUUACAAGGGAGAAAGCCGUGAUGCUCUCUCGAGCCCAUUCAGACACAAAGCCGGCUCCUAACAAUGCCAGACUGGAUAACGGCGAACAAUUUUCUUCUUCCCCAGUCGAAAAAGCGGAUUUACUAAAGGAGAGACUUCUUCGCGAGCGGCUUUUACUCAGUAGGCAAACGAGAGCAUAG